AUGGACAUUCAGAUUGGAAUAACUGAUGAAUUAAAUGUUCAUCAUUUCGUGCUGCUGGUGCCUGUCCUGCUCCUUGUUCUCCAUUCGCUCCUUCUGCUUCCGCACUCCUCGCUCGCUAUUCGACCUACCGAGUCGGAUCGGAUCGACCUCGCCAACGCGACCGAGUCCAACGUCUCUCUCUCGCGGCCUCGCGAAGGAAGCUUCGCCGACAUGAUUGAUCGCGCGCUGGAGCACGAGUUCACCGAGAACGACCAGAACGAAGCGGCUGAUCCGGGAAGCUUCAACAACAGUGUAGCAGAACAACAGGCUGUUCUGGAAACUGUGGCCAGAGUCACUCCAAACAAGAAUGACACAAAAGAUGAAAAGUCAUUUCAACUACAUCAUGUAUUCAAUAGAGGUGAGGAUACCCCUAUGUUGAUAGAUCGAAAGGACAACGUCUUUAUCAUUUCUAACUUUAAGUCCAAGUAUCCGGUGCUCCAGCUAGAUUUACGAUUGAUUUCAGACCUGGUAGUUGCUAUUGUUUCAGCAACUUGUGGUGGCGUUGCAUUUGCUUUUGCUGGACAACCGGUGAUUACUGGAUAUCUUCUAGCUGGCUCCAUAGUUGGACCUGGUGGCUUUAACUUCAUCAGUGAAAUGGUGCAGGUGGAAACAGUGGCACAGUUUGGUGUAAUAUUUCUUCUGUUUGCACUGGGCCUGGAGUUCUCCACAACCAAGCUUCGAGUUGUUCGAGCUGUUGCUAUUCUUGGAGGCCUGCUUCAGAUUUUCCUAUUCAUGUGCAUGUGUGGACUUACUGUAUCGCUAUGUGGUGGUAAAGCUUCAGAAGGGGUUUUCGUUGGUGCUUUCCUUUCCAUGUCUUCAACCGCUGUGGUCUUGAAGUUUUUGAUGGAAAAGAACACCACUAAUGCCCUUCAUGGACAAGUCACAAUUGGGACCCUUAUUUUGCAGGAUUGUGCUGUUGGAUUGCUAUUUGCAUUACUUCCAGUUCUGGGUGGCACAUCCGGUGUUUUUCAGGGAGUGUUAUCAAUGACUAAGCUGCUGGUUACAUUGAUUGCAUUCCUCUCUGUUCUGACUAUAUUGUCUCGCACUUGCCUUCCAUGGUUGCUUAAACUGAUGAUAAGCCUCUCAUCGCAGUGUAGUGAUAAGCUGGGACUAAGUCUAGAACUAGGUUCCUUUGCCGCUGGAGUGAUGAUUGCAACCACUGAUCUGGCUCAACAUACACUAGAGCAAAUUGAACCUAUUCGCAAUCUUUUUGCUGCUCUUUUCCUUGCCAGCAUUGGAAUGCUGAUUCAUGUUCAUUUUCUCUGGAACCAUGUUGAUAUUUUGGUAGCAUCUGUAAUAUUGGUGAUUGUUAUAAAAACAAUCAUAAUUGCAUCUGUUGUUAAAGGAUUUGGUUACAACAACAAGACUUCAAUACUUGUUGGAAUGUCUAUGGCACAGAUAGGAGAAUUCGCUUUUGUUCUUUUAAGUCGUGCUUCAAACCUUCAUCUGGUUGAGGUUAGUGACAAAAGGGAUUUAUCUAUGGGUAAGUUAUAUCUGCUGCUUCUCGGGACCACAGCUCUUAGUCUGGUUACAACUCCUUUACUUUUCAAGCUAAUCCCUGCUGUAGUGCAUCUUGGCGUGCUAUUGAGAUGGUUCUCUCCUGACAAUUCAGUGGAGAUAGGAUAUAAGCUAGAUAACCUCCGGUCGGAGAGUGGGAAGCAGAUAGGAUUUAAGCUAGAUAACUUCCGUUCAGAGAGUGGAAGUGCUUAUAAAUUGGCUGGCCUUUGUAUAUCUUUUAGGCAAGUUCGCAUUUGUGUUUUGGAAAAAUCAAUUGAUACGUUGUGUAAGGAAUGUGUGGGUUGUGCUGCACAGAACGAUUGGUUAAAAACAAAGGGAAAUGAGCAGGUGUUGGAGGCGAGCGCCCCAAAGCUACAGACGGAAGAGCUCGGUGCAUAA